ACAGAGUCGAUGAAAGAAAGAGAGGGACUGAAGGACUGUCGAUGACGGCCGACGCACCAAGAGAAGGAUUCGGAAUCGAGAUGUUUCAAUUCUUCUCGUUAUCUCUAAUUAUCGUUUAAUGUUUAACACUAGAAUAAUUAUUUGUCAAAGCGUUUUCCGAAGCUGACAGACAGCAGUAGCAGUAUUGCCAUUGCCAAGAAGACAGACCCGUACUAACACUGUGACUACUGACAACGAUAUCGUACGUUAACAACUGCCCAGCUUGAUAAUAAAAUGGGUAACGUAGUGAACUCUGCUGUCUCAGCAGCGGACGUGAUUAUGUCUCCACAACAGCAAGAGAUACCCAAGCAUCGUCACCAUGGGAUGCAUAAACCUAAUGGGGAGCCACCACCAGAAUGUCCAAUGCAUAAACCUGCCCCGGAGAAACAAAUACCUCUGUACUCCAACGAGUGUCCAAUUAACAAUAUGGCUGCUGAGGACAUCAAUCCCCUCAACAUGAUGCCACCAGCUAAUCAGCAACCGGCACCGGAUCAGCCAUUCCCACUGCCAACAGACAGACAAGUGUCUUCGAUACCGAAAGCACAGGGAGAAGAGCCAUUCUGGGUUUAUCCAUCCCAGCAGAUGUUCUGGAACGCGAUGUUAAGGAAAGGCUGGCGUUGGAAGAACGAUGACAUCAACCCGAAGGACAUGGACGAUAUUAUUAAGAUUCACAAUGCAAAUAACGAGCAGGCUUGGCAAGAAGUAUUGAAAUGGGAGGCACUUCACGCGAGGGAAUGCGGCACUCCGAAAUUGCGAAGCUUUGGUGGCAAAGCGAAACAGUACUCGCCACGUGCACGCAUUCGAUACUGGAUGGGAUACGAGCUACCGUUUGACCGUCACGACUGGAUCGUGGACAGAUGCGGAAAGGACGUGCGGUACGUUAUAGAUUACUACGACGGUGGUGCGAUCGACGAGAAGUACACGUUCGCGUUGCUAGACGUGAGACCGGCGAUGGACUCGUUGGAAAAUGUUUGGGACCGAAUGAGGGUCGCGUGGUUGCGUUGGAGAUACUGCAACGAGUCACAGGAAUCCGAAUGCGCUACGAAAUCCGGUUAAAAUUUAAGUAGGAACGGGAAAUAGACCAACGAGAUUAUUAGCUUGUCAAUUAACGCGCUCGUUGCUUAAGUUUACUUGUUGACGUUCAGGCAAUGUACAGUUUUUCAAAUACAAGAUUAACGUAGUUAUCGCGACAGAAAUGCCAAAGAUGUUCAUCACUGUUUAACAAAAGAGAAAUAUCGCUUUAGUAUUCCGUACGAUUCCGGAAGAAAUAAUUGUAGACGACGACGGAAACUGCUCUAAAAGUACAAUCACACUUUUCCUCGAACGUAGUGAAUGUACGUUCCAAUAAAAUGGAAGACAUUUGUACAAAAUUGA